UGAGGAUAUAUCGUAAAGUUGACAUAAGUUCAUGCAAUCGGUUUCUCCGUCCCCCCACCCCACCCCAAGCAGUGUUUUCAGCUGGAGUUAGAAUGGAGUUCGCCACGGAGCCGGCUCCAAAGAUCUUGACCCUGUAUUCAUGAGAGGAAACUUCACAGGGGACAUAGGGAGGGCCUCUAUGCGGUUGGCCUGUGUUCAGGAAUACUCUUGAAAGUUCCUGAAACGCACCGCUCCUUUGACACCCUUCCUGCUCCGAGCCGAGCAGCCCCGUUGACCAUGACAUUUGCCGAACUCCUUGACCGGAUCGGGGGGAUGGGACGCUUCCAGAUCCUCCAGGUGGUCCUGCUGGUGAUCCCCGUUCUCCUGACGGCCAUCCACAACUUACUGCAGAACUUCUCCGCUGCCAUUCCUGACCACCAUUGCCGGAUCAGGGUGGUCGGCAACGGCACAGAUCAGAACAGGACUGAGACGUUGACAGCUGAAGAGGACCUCCUGGAGCUGUCCAUCCCGAAAGACGGGUCGGGGAAGCUGGAGAAAUGUCGCCGGUUCGUCACUCCUCAUUUGCAUCUCCUCGGCUCCAACGCCACCAACAAUUCCCAGGCGGAGACUGAGGAUUGUCAUGAUGGAUGGGUCUACGACAGAAGCGUCUUUGCCAACACCAUCAUCAUGGAGUGGGACCUGGUGUGUCGUCUGCGGACCCGGAGACAGAUCGCCCAGUCCAUUUACAUGGGGGGAGUGUUGGUGGGCGCUCUGGUGUUUGGAAGCUUAGCUGACAGGUUUGGACGGAAAGCAGUUUUAAGCUGGUCCUAUCUGCAGAUGGCUGUGAUGGGCUUAUGUACAGCUUUUUCCCCAAGCUUCAUGGCCUAUUGUGUGUUCCGUUUCCUGGUUGGCAUGGCGCUGUCUGGGAUUAUCCUGAACUGCAUGUCUCUAGUCCUCGAGUGGGUGCCGACCAAUGUCCGUACUGUCGCUGGAACUGCGGUGGGAUACAGUGCAACGUUUGGGCAAAUCCUCCUUCCGGGGCUAGCCUAUGUCCUCCCAGACUGGCGGUGGCUGCAAUUUGCUGCUUCGAUGCCCUUCUUUGCCUUCUUCCUCUACUCUUGGUGGUUUGCCGAAUCUGCCCGUUGGCUGGUCCUUGCCGGCAAAACUGACCAGGCUGUGGAGGUCCUCAGGAAAGUCGCGGAGAUCAAUGGGAAGAAGGAAGAAGGACAGAAACUCAGCGCCGAGGUAUUGAAAUCUAACAUGCAGAAGGAGAUGGAGCUUUCACAGACAUCCCACACGCCCGUCAGCUUGGUCCGCACACCCACUGUGCGCCGGAUCUCCUGUUGUAUUUCCAGUGUUUGGUUUGCGACUAGUUUCGCUUACUAUGGCCUCGCCAUGGACCUCCAGAACUUCGGCUUCAGCAUCUACCUCAUCCAAGUGGCGUUUGGGACGAUUGACAUCCCAGCCAAGUUGGGGGCCGCCAUUAGCAUGAGCUACAUUGGACGGCGGACCACUCAGGCUUCUUCUGUCAUCUUGGCUGGCUUGGCCAUUCUAGCCAAUAUAUUUGUGCCCUCGGAUCUACAGACCCUGAGGACAUGCCUAGCAGUGCUUGGAAAGGGAUGUCUGGCCUCAUCCUUCAAUUGCCUCUAUCUCUACACGGGUGAGCUCUACCCAACGGUGAUCAGGCAGACUGGGAUGGGGAUGGGCAGCACCUUGGCCCGUGUGGGAGGGAUCGUGGCCCCCAUGGUGAGAAUGAUGGGGGAAUAUCGGCCGUACCUCCCACCGCUCGUAUAUGGGAUAGCCCCGAUCCUGUCUGGGACUGCGGCCUUCCUGCUGCCAGAGACACUCAACACGCCCCUUCCGGACACCAUCGAAGACGUGGAGAAUGGGAGGGUGCCGAAAGAACAGUUGCCCAAAGACCAUGAACAGGUUUUGCUGCAGAGAGUGGGACUGGGUCCAGAGAAACAGUCACAAGAUGGUGGAAUGUGAAGCCAGGAAUCUCUGUGGCAUAAUCAGAUUCCUUCCUUUCCUUCCUUCCUUCCUUCCUUCCUUCCUUCUCAGUUUCAGUUUCAGUUUCAGUUUCAUUCUUCUCUUCUCUCUUUCUUUCUUUUUUUCUUUCUUUCUUUCUUUCUUUCUUUCUUUCUUUUUCUCUUCCUCCCUCCCUCUUCCUUCCUUCCUUCCUCAAUCCCCCCCUUCCUUCCUUCUCAGUUUCAGUUUCAGUUUCAAUUUCAUUCUUCUCUUUCUUUCUUUCUUUCUUUCUUUCUUUCUUUCUUUCUUUUUCUCUUCCUCCCUCCCUCUUCCUUCCUUCCUUCCUCAAUCCCCCCUUCCUUCCUUCCUUCCUUCUCAGUUUCAGUUUCAGUUUCAUUCUUCUCUUUCUUUCUUUCUUUCUUUCUUUCUUUCUUUCUUUCUUUCUUUCUUUCUUUCUUUCUUUCUUUUUCUCUUCCUCCCUCCCUCUUCCUUCCUUCCUUCCUUCCUCAAUCCCCCCCUUCCUUCCUUCCUUCCUUCUCAGUUGCAGUUUCAGUUUCUUUCCUUUCUUCUCUCUCUUUCUUUCUUUUUCUUUCCCUCCCUCCCUCUCCCCCUCUCUUUCUUUCUCUUUUCCUUCCUUCUUUCCUCUCUCUCUUUGCUUCCUUUUUCUCUUCCUCCCUCCCUCUUUCUUUCUCCCUCAAUCCCCCCACCUUCUUCCUCCCUUCCUUCUUUUUCAUUUUCAUUCCUCUCUUCUCUCUCUUUGUUUCUUUUUCUUUUCCUCCCUCCCCCUCUCUCUUUCUUUCUCUUUUCCUUCCUUCCUUCCUUCCUUCCUUCCUUCCUUCCUUCCUUCCUUCCUCUCUUUCUUUCUUUCUUUCUUUCUUUCUGAGUUGGGAUAUCAAUGGACCAAAUAAACAAACACACAA